UACCUCGAAGCCGGCGGAUUAGCUCUGAUUAGAUUGGUUCGUCUGGCAAGUUUGUCUGGCGAGUUUGCGCUGGAGAGAGUGCCAAGCGAGGAGUCUGCCGGCAGUUGUGACGUUGAUGCGAUGGUGCUUCCUGUCGCUUGCUUGAUUGUAUCUUCCGGCUACGGUCCGUCAGCUGAGCCAAGAGGACGCUUUUACCUCGAUGAGUUUCGCAAAGUAUCCCAGCGCGUACAAAUAGGCAAAUUCGUUCUCCCGGAGCAACUCUCCCGGAAGAUACGGUCCUCCGCGUCGCGAGACUCGUCAGGGUAAAGGUGCCGCGCGCGAAUGUUUAUCCACCGAUCCUGCUUCGAAGCGGUUGCACAACACUCGUUUGCGCGGUUUGCGCGCGAGUUUCGUGUUUUUCCCGAGGCGCGCGCCCGAUCUCGAAACAGCAGACGGUCGUGUUUCGCGGCUGCACGCUGUUUCGUUCGCGAGUUUCUUCGACCACGGGUCUAACCUAACGGGGCGAGAUAACGUCAAUCUCGCGCGUGCGAAAUGCACACAGUCCCGAAGCACAGCUCCGUCACAGCGAGCGGCAUGAUAACGUGACGUGCCAGAAGCCAACUUCCAGGUCGAUCUCUCGCGACAAGCAACAGCAUGUCGUACGUCGCCAAGGACUACUUUUACGCGGAGAACUACUUCGACUACGCGGUUCAGCUGCGCUCGCUCAAUAACUACACCAGCAGCGACCCGGCGGCGCACGUCGGCCACUGGAGCUCGUUGACCCGCCUCGUCCUGGUGAUCCUGACGCGCGUCGGCUUCGUCCUCGUCCAGAUCGGCAGCGUGCCGGUGAACAACGUCAACCUGAUCCUCCUGCAAAAUGUGGUCGAUCUGUGUUGCGUCACCGUCAUGUACUUCCUCAUCGGCUUUCUCAUCGCCUACAACGGCGACCUCGCUGGUGUCGUCGGUCAAGGUCGUUGGAUCGGCGACGCGACAGUCGACAAGGACAGAGCGAUCGUAGGCUGGCAAGCGGUGACGGUCGCCUCGGCGAUCUGCACCACCGCCGUCGUCGGCAGGAUGCACACACUGGGCUACUUGCUGAUGGGUGUCGUCCUGGCGGGCUUGACACAGCCUCUCCUCAUCCACUGGGCCUGGACCGCGGACGGCUGGAUGACCGAGAGCGAGCUGGCCGACAGGAGAGUCGACUUCAGGGACUACGCUGGCGCGGCUGUGGUCCACGUGGUCGGCGGACUCUCCGGUCUGAUCGGAUGCGUCGUCCUUGGCAGAAGGAUGCUCAGGCUGAGGGACCUGGACGGCGCGAGUAUCACCGCGGGCUCCGCCGGAACGGUCUUCGGCGGGCUCUUACUGAUUUUCGUCGGACUGCAAGGUUUGUGCACGAGCGCGCACAAUCGCUCGCGAUUCCGCGCGCUCGGCGAGCGAGAUCCGUCCCACGCCUACGUCAACAAUCUGCUGGCCGCCUCCUCGUGCUCGCUGCUGGUCGUGGCCUUGCACUUCCUGCUCAGCCGGGAGACCUUCGGUCAUUGGACGGUAAUGCGCUGCGUUCAGGGGACGAUCGCCGGUGUGGUCGCGGUCUCGGCCGCGGCGAACGAUUACUCGCCGCAAGCGGCGCUCGGCUUGGGUUGCCUGGCGGGCGGGGUGUUCUACGUGGUGUCCAGACAGGUGUUUCGCAGCGCCUUGGAGGACUACUGCAACGUCACAGCUCUGCACCUGGUCUGCGGGAUCCUCGGCAGCCUCGUCGCGCCGAUCUGCGCGGCGCGCGCCGACGAGGACGUCACGACGAUGCUGUUGAAUUUCUCCUGGCAACUGAUUUGUCUGCUGACGUUGCUCAGCAUGGUCGGUGCUACGAUGUUGUCGCUCUUCGGCCUACUGCGGUGUUGCGGCGCGCUACGCAACAGAUCGGAGUGCCUGAAUCACGAGCGGGCCAACGCUGCGAUUGACAGGGGCCCGCCGAGGUCGUUCCUGCAGAGACUCUUCUUCCCCGACAGCGGCUGCCUUUACCUGCAACCAGGCGCGACCGCUGGUGCUGGUGGUCGACCAAGCGUCGGCUCCAGCUUCUGGAAGUAUCAGACGGAGAUGGACAAGCUCGAGGACGGCGAGCCCGUCGCUGUGAGCGGGCCGGUUGUCCAAGCUAAAGAGAACUCGACGCUCGAGGCUCAGGCACCAGGAGUAAAAGCGAAGAAGGCGAGACAAGUGCAUACUUUGUCAGCGAGUUCUCCUGUGUUCGUGGAGGAGUUAGGAGGCGGCACCGGCGAGUCGGUCAAUUACAAUCUGUCGGGGAUUGGGAAGAAAUUGUUUCUUGGACGAGGUAUCAGAUGUGACUUGGAUCCCAUUGAAGAGACGGACGAGGAGGAGGAUUCGAAGGAAUCCGAAAUCACGGAAAGCGCCUACAACGGUCAGGACAAUCGUGGGUCAACAUUGACGAAGAACUUCAACACACUCGAAGAAUCCAGAGACCCGAGAAAUUAUCAGCUACGUCGAACGGCGAAAUUGACGAACCUGCACCACGAAUUUGCCCGGGAAGAUUUCAAGGUCGUGCUGGGAGCGAGACGGCUGGACUCCUCGUCCAGCGAUUCGUGCGACGAAGACGGCGCCGUCGCGAGAACGCUGGACUUGAACGAAUCUGCGAAAAGCGUCGAGGCGACGAGCAACGACUCGUCGUUCUACAGCGGGCAUUGACGCUCUAUUAAUCUCUCCUUCUCUCUCUCUC